AUGACUGGAUACAGCUACAGCAAUAAGUUGGAUGCGACUUCCGAUCUGGUCAGUUCCGGGAUCCCUGCUAUUAUCGAUGAGCGCGACUACUGCAUGGAAGGAUACGACAAGGCCUUUGCGGCGACGUGGUUCACUCACGAGGAGGUGCUCUUGGGAACCAAAUGUAACAAGAUCAUCAUGUUAAACACCCGCACGGACAAGCGCACGAUCAUAGGACGCCUGGAUGAGUGUCUUAUGGAAAGCACCGAGAGCGCUCUCGCGCAUGUCAGGGACCUGGCUGCGAAGGAAGACAGUUUUACCCAGAUGAAGACACCAAAUGUUCGCAGCUCCUUUGGUCUCCAAAACACGUACCUUCCGCGAGGAGGAUUAGGGAGAAUGUACGACAGCAGUAUCGCCAGUAGCACCAACAACAACGACCUGGGAUUGGCGCACACUUUGGAGAGAGGGCUCAGGUUCUUCAACCCCGGUCGUCGAUCGUCUACCCCUUCAUUGGCGACCGCAGCCAGCCCCAACUCUUCAUCACCAACGGCUACCAAUUCAGCCACGAGUCCAAUCGCUACCGCUGCGGCAUCAACAGUAGUAACGCAGGCGGCAGAAAAUGCCAUCAAUGGCGCAAACACCAACAUUACUACGAACUCACCAGGGGAUAUGAGCCCAGGAACGCUGAACAGCAUUGCAGCUGCGUCCACAUCUACAGGCAUCCGAUCACUAUCCAUCAAUCCAUCCAGGACGCUUCUCGCGAUCGGCUCCGGAGACCCUUUCCAGGUGACGAUCUACGCAAUCCCAGAGUUUGAGCCCGUGGGGAUGAUGUACGGACACACGGACCUGGUGUUCUCACUGACCUGGAUCUCAGACACGGUUCUGGUGACGGGCGCGAGGGACGGGUCGAUGCGUGUUUGGACCAUGGGGUCGCCCGUGCUGACGAAUUUGCACUCAGUCACACGCGAGGUCAAGGUCCACCUUCCGGUGAUUACGCGUGCAGAGCAAUUGAUGACAUUGACAACUGAAGGGUAUGUCAAGCUAUGGGAUCGCGAGUCGUACGUCCAACUCUCAAAGUUGAAGCUGAUCCAUUCGACUGAGACCGUGUGCCUGACCGCCAACUCGGAUGCAAACCUCUUUGCCGUCGGUUCACAAUCCCACAUUUCGAUCAUCGAUCCCCGCAGCACAUCCAUCGUCCACGACAUAGAUUCAUGUGAUGAAGGCUGGGGUGUCCGCGCCCUCGACUUUAAGAGCCACAUCAUUACCACGGGCGGAGGAUUUGGCCGUAUCGGUUACUAUGAUGUUCGCGCACAACGGUACCUUGAUGGGUUCAACAACGGCGAGAGUACAAAACGGUUCCAGGAAAUCGGACCUGGCUGGCUCAAUCGAGAUACUGCGUACGCGAUGUCGAUCUCAGGCAUCACGAUCCGGAAUGCGGUGUAUACGUUGGAAUACGACUCGACGGGCACAAGGCUAUUUGCAGCAGGUGGACCACUCCAGCUCGGACUCUGCGGCGCCUACGCUGCUCUGUGGGCAUAA